CAUGUGCAAAAAUUAAAGUAACAUUUCGAGCAAAAGAUAGCUGAAAGAACUUUUUAAGCCCACUUCGAACAACUUUCUUGCUUUUAUAUACGGGAGAGUGCAUCCUUCUUCCACUGCGGAGCAGGCUUUGAGGAACUGGUUGAGGAAUGGGCGGAGAAGACGAAAAAGUAGUGGAACAGAAAGAAAUGGAAAUUAGUCUGAAGGACUUGUCCAAGAAGCUUGAAGAAUUUGCCCAGGCUAGAGACUGGGAAAGGUACCAUAGUCCCAGGAAUUUACUUCUUGCCAUGGUUGGUGAAGUAGGAGAGCUAUCAGAGAUAUUCCAAUGGAGAGGUGAGGUUGGCAAGGGCUUGCCAAAUUGGGAAGAAUCUGAUAAAGAGCAUCUGGGAGAAGAGUUGUCUGAUGUGCUGCUGUACCUGAUCAGGUUGGCUGAUAUCUGUGGCAUUGAUCUAGGUGAUGCUGCCACCAAGAAGAUUGUGAAGAAUGCAGUCAAAUACCCUCCCAAAGCCUUCGGAAAAAUGUAAUACACCAGACAGUUUUGUUCUGUGACUGAGAUCAAAUCCUAUGGCCAAAAAUCUGAUAUCCAGAUGUUGAAAUAAAAUGAACCUCGAGUGUACGUCAAAUUUUGAAAGUAUACAAUAAUCGCACC